AUGAACAAGUCCAGGCAUCUGUCCCUGUUCUUUAUCAUUCUUCCAGAUUUACACAGACUCUGUGCUGUCCAGAUAAAACUGAGUAGCAAAGUGGCAGAAACAGAGAUUAGGAGUACACAGAUAAAGAUGUGCAGGCAGUUGCUACUUCUUCAUGAAGAUAUUCUUACAGCGCCUGUGCCUGGAAUAUUAAGCCAAAUUUGGGUAGUGAUGUCGAUACCAUUUUUUAAAUCUGGGAGACUUAAUGCCUAUAUUGAAAAAUAUGAAGCUAAGAUGGAGGCUCCACAAAGAGUAAUUCCUGUCAUUCUUCAAAACUGCCUUUCAUAUUCACUCACUGCUCGACUUGCUCCAGCCUGGAAUAGAACAGGUCAUCUCUUGGUACAAGGAAGAGAUUUUCUUUCUCAUAUGGGAAAGCAAAGUGCUGUUGUAUUAGACAUCAACGUAACAGAAACACAAGUUUGUCUAAGUAUAGAAGUCUAUACUAUCAGAUUGCCACCACCUGAGCUAAAGGAGUUUGAUAUUUCUCAGCAUAUUAUAAAGGAUUUUCAUACCAACCAGAAUGCUGUCAUUGAGAGACAUUCCAUUUUAAGCAACUGGUGCUUCGUUUUGCCAAGCAUGAAAAUGGGGCAGAUAAUAAAUUUUCUUCAUACUGCACCACCUGACUGUCCCUUUCAUUCCUUCGAAGAUUUCCAGAGGCACUGGGAUGACCUGUACGGCUAUAAACUUCCAGAAGAUCGUGGAGAUAUGAAAAUAUACUGUAGCAUCUAUUUCAAAAUGAUCAAAGAAAGGACCUUCACGUAUCCUCUCAGCUGCAUCAGAAGUCAGCCCAUUCAGUUCUUCCCAAGGGUGGAUUUGGAAGGUGUGUUGAAAAGUUUCCUUUCAGAUUUAAAAUCUAAACUGCCGCACAUAUGUGGAUUUCCCAUAAAGAUGACAAAUAAGCCAUGCUACUACACACAGGAGCUUACCAGACCACAAAAACAGGAAAACAAAGUCAAAGCCCCCAAUCUGACGACGAAAAAGCACUUCAGAGCUUCUCUAACUCAAGCCACUUUGCUGAACCCCACAGGGCCUCUAUGUUUAGUUCCACAGCCAACAGCAGCCAACCACAAGGUGGAGCCCUUUGUCAGCCAGCAGUGCUCAGGCUUGUUUUCAGCUGGGUGCUUCCAGCCAGGUUCUCCUCGGGACAGAAAGCCCUCCUGGCCUCUCAAGGCACCACAGCUACUUGUGGGGGAGUCAAAGCUCAGCAGAGAAAAUACACAAGUUCAACGCAGUCAUCCUUGCUCACAAAGUCAGAGAGCCCCGGCAUUUAUACCAGUCUUCAGAAGGAAAUCUGAGCAAGCAAACAAAGACAUCUCAGCGCUUCGCAACAUGGGAAGAAAACAGAGCACUGUUACAGAACCUACCCUACUGACACAGAAAACUAGAGUAACCCAGGGAGGCAAACCAAGUUUAGGUUCAGCUACUAGAAAAAGACCAGACAGUAACAUUCAGGUACAGGCUAGGAAUUUAAAUCGGAAGAGCUUCAAACCUCCGCUAGGGAGAAUCACUGAUACCUAUGAGCGCCAGAAGGAACAUCUCUCUUCUGAUGUUAAACUGACAGUGCACCUCAGUGAAAGUAGACCACUGCCUACUACUGCCAUGACACAAAUGUCAAGUAACAAUGUAAGCUCGAUAAGAAAUGCUGUUGACAGCCACACCAACGGAAAAGACAAUUUAACAAGCAGCUUUAUAACACAGAUUUUAGGGAAAAGCCAUGAGUCCCUAAAACUCAAAAGCCAGCCACACAUUUUUGAAUCAGACUUAGGAACUGAAGACUCCCAAGUACACCAGCAACAAUUGGCAAAUCUAACUAGAGAAGCAGAUGGAGCUGAACAUGGCCUGAUAUCGAGCAAAGCAUCCCAGAAGAACAGACGGAAGUUAUGCCUCGAGUCUUCAAAAUCUUCUACAAAGCAUCGUUCUAAUGCUGUGAAUCUGAGGCAACCUGGUUCUUCUAAGAAACAGGCAUCCAAUACAAUAAAACCUAAGAAUUCCCUCAGCAUUCCUGGGGCUGAGUACAGUGUGGAACAGAGACUGCCCACCAUGUAA